GGCCAUGAGCCCUAUGUUGAAAUAUUUGAACAACCCAGGCAAAGGGGUAUGCGUUUCAGAUACAAAUGUGAGGGAAGAUCAGCAGGCAGCAUUCCAGGAGAACACAGUACUGAAAACAAUAAGACAUUCCCUUCCAUACAGAUUCUGAACUAUUUUGGAAAAGUCAAAAUAAGAACUACAUUGGUAACAAAGAAUGAACCCCACAAGCCACACCCCCAUGAUCUGGUUGGAAAAGACUGCAGAGAUGGCUACUAUGAAGCAGAGUUUGGGCCAGAACGGCGAGUCCUGUCUUUUCAGAAUUUGGGCAUUCAGUGUGUGAAGAAGAAAGACUUGAAGGAAUCAAUUUCUUUACGAAUCUCAAAGAAGAUUAACCCUUUCAAUGUGCCUGAGGAGCAGCUGCACAACAUUGAUGGGUAUGAUCUCAAUGUCGUCCGUCUCUGCUUCCAAGCUUUCCUCCCCGACGAACAUGGCAACUACACGUUAGCGCUUCCUCCUGUGAUUUCCAACCCCAUCUAUGACAACAGAGCUCCCAACACAGCAGAAUUAAGAAUUUGUCGUGUGAACAAGAACUGUGGAAGUGUAAAAGGAGGAGACGAAAUAUUUCUACUGUGUGACAAAGUUCAGAAAGAUGAUAUAGAAGUCAGAUUUGUCUUGGACAACUGGGAGGCCAAAGGUUCCUUCUCACAAGCUGACGUUCACCGUCAAGUUGCAAUUGUGUUCAGAACGCCACCGUUCCUCAAAGACAUCACCGAGCCCGUCACGGUGAAGAUGCAGCUACGAAGACCUUCAGACCAGGAAGUCAGUGAACCUAUGGAUUUCAGAUACCUGCCAGAUGAAAAGGAUCCAUAUGGCAACAAAGCAAAAAGGCAAAGAUCAACGUUGGCUUGGCAAAAGCUCAUGCAGGACUGUGGAUCAAAUGCGACAGAGAGGCCCAAAGUAGCUCCAUUCCCUGCUGUUGCCCCUGAAGGGAAGCUGAUUAAGAAAGAACCAAGCAUGUGUUCAUCCGCACUGAUGAUGCCGGGGCUAGGAACCCUGGCCAAUACUAGUCCGAUCUACCCUGGCUGCAACCGGAUUGCCCAUCCACCUGCACAGCUGGGGCUAGGGAAGCAGGACACGCUCCCCUCGUGCUGGCCGGCGCUGUACAGCACCCAGUCUUCAGCCAGCAGCCUGCUCAGUGUGCACCCACAGAACAGCUUUGCGGCAGAUGGGUCUCAGCCUGCUGCUCAGGGCAGCGGCGCUCUUCCAGCUUUCCACAACAACCCUCUGAACUGGCCUGAGGAGAAGGAUUCAGGCUUCUACCGGAAUUUCAGCAGCACAAAUGGGAUGGCAGCAGUGGCGGUGUCAACUGCAGACAUGCAGAGCCUUUCUAGUAACAGCAUUGAGCAACAAGCUCAUCCUGCCAGCGUCUCCACAGCUACCAUCGUGAACAUGGAGACCGAUGACAUGAACUGCACUAGUAUAAACUUCGACAAGUAUAAUCCAGUGUUAAAUGCAAGCAAUCACAGGCAGCAGCUCCAUCAGGUGCCUCCGACUUGCCCAUCUGUAGGAGCCCCGGGCAGCAUGCCUUUUAAUUCGCAGUGUAACUUAGCUGAUACAGCAGUUUACAGUUUUAUAGACCAAGAAGUUUUAAGUGACUCAAGACUAUCCACCAACCCAAUCCCAAACCAUCAGAAUAGCAUUGCAGACAACCAGUAUUAUGACACCGACGGUGUCCACACUGAUGAGCUCUAUCAGUCUUUCCAAUUUGAUAACAUAUUACAAAGCUAUAACCAUUGA